AACACACACACACACACACACACACACACACACACACACACACACACACACACACACUGAGCUCUCAGAUUGCUGCACUCAGUGUCUGUAAAGUCACUAUGCCGGAGACACACUCAGUCACUCACACUCACACAGAGCAAAGACGUACUUCUUCCUUCUUUCCCUUCUUCUAACUUAAAAAAAACAACGUGACGGAUUUAACCUCGGAUCUGUUUUCAUUUUUAAACAAACAAAAAGAAAACUUUGUGGAUUUUUCCUUACCUGGAAGAAUUUAGACACUUUUGAAAAAUUUAUUAUAUAUAUAUAUAUUUUGGCUUUGUUGCUGAUUAUUUUAGUCCUUUCAUUUUCUCUCAGGACAUCGGGUUCUCAAAGCUUCUUACUUUUUUAAGGACAUUAAACAGAUAUUUGGGUUUUUUUUAUCGCUAUCAUCUCUUUUUUUCUGGACGACGGUCAUGCAAGUGAUUUUUAAAUCUUUUUUACUUUAUAUCACCAUCACGCUGAAAACGUCUGAUGAACAUGUUCAUGAUUUUUGUAAAGUGGAGCUGAGCGUGAAGACUCUGAGAAACUGACCUCGAUGCACACUGAAGGAAGUGAACUGCAGUGACUCGAGCUCUGAUUGACUCACGCUUUGUGUUACCAAAAUGAACAAUAAGAGACUUUGUACAGACGAGGUUUUUUUUUUCUCUUUGUUAUCAUCACGCCGGAUCGUGUAAAGUAUCCAGUGAACAAGUUUAAGGUUCGUCAGUGAACUUAGAAUCACCUGCUGCGCCUAACGUUCACGUCUUGGAUUAAUUUAUUAUUCUUCUUUCCCCGGAGGUGAUUCAAGGUCUCACUUCAUAAACAAAUUCCAACACAUUUUCAUCUGGUGGAAAGGAUUCUUCAAUCGUUUGACUUGGUCACGACUUUCAUUGUUUUGUUCAUUAUUAUUAUCACCAUGUUGGAUCGUGUCAUGCCUCUGAUGAACACGUUUGCGGUUUGUUCCGUUAAUCGUCAGUGAUAACUCGUUCAGCUAUAAAUGGCUCCAGUUUAACAACAACAACAAAAAUAAUAAUAUUUUAAUAACCCUAACCCUAAUCCUAACUGACUCAGAUUUAUUGUCCGAUUUUAAACCUUUGCAGGCUUAUGAGAAGGACAGUUUGCUUUUUCUGUGAUCAUGUGAUCAGUGUCCAAUCUUUUAAGCACGCUUGUUUUGAAAUACUUUCUGAAAGAAAGAAAAACAAUCUAACGUUGGCAAAGUGAUACCGAACAUUUUCUCCGUCAUGUCGAAGUCUUCGGACCACGUGAAACGCCCGAUGAACGCCUUCAUGGUCUGGUCUCGAGCCCAGCGCCGGCAGAUGGCACAAGAGAACCCGAAGAUGCACAACUCAGAGAUCAGUAAGCGUCUCGGCGCCGAGUGGAAGCUGCUAACCGACUCCGAGAAGCGUCCAUUCAUCGACGAGGCCAAGCGACUGCGCGCGCUGCACAUGAAGGAGCACCCCGACUACAAAUACCGGCCAAGACGGAAACCGAAGACUCUCGCCAAGAAGGAGAAGUUUGCGCUGGCUCUGCCGUACGGCAUGCACGCGGAAGCGGAAACGCUAAAACCUUCCGCCGACUCCUUAUUGCGCACCUCGGACAGAGCGAGGAUCCUGUUCGCACCGUCACUCUGCGCCAACCCAUACUCCUUUUUGGAUUUUGGAUCCAAGAUGGCUGACUUCUCUCCACCUCCACCUCCUCCACCUCCUCUCCCUCCAGCAAUGCCGUCGUUCCCGUACCCAUCGCCGCUGGGUUUCCCGCCUUUUUCAGGAGUCCACGCGCACACGAGCGCACACAAUCCGGCCUUUCUGAUGCCGUGCAGCUGCAGCGCGUGGCCUUCGUCGUCGACGACAUCGUCAUCAUCAUCUACGUCGUCUUCGUCAUCGUUUUCAACGCCGUUGGCGUACAUCCUGCUGCCUGGCGUCGGCAAAGCACCGAUCGAGCCGUAUCACGCCUACGCCACUGCGUUAUGAGACGAACAGCAGAAUCGUGAAGUCACGAUGGAGAAUGUGCGGAGUAAAUGUGUGUGUGUCUGUGUAGAGCACUAUAAAACAAACAAACAAUCAAAAAAGGACAUUUACUUUUGACUAAUGGAUGAUACACACCUUCAAGAAGUGUGUGUAAAUUUUUUUAUCUAUGAGGCAAGAAAAUGUAGAAAUGUUUAAAGUGUUUAAAUGUGUGCAUGAAGUACUUCAAAAUAAUAAAGCACAACCCCAGGCGUUUUAUUCCUCUUACACCACAGCAAUUUCCCAAUUACAGUCUCUCAUUUAUUAACGAACACGUCACACUUUUUAUCCGUUUAUUGUUACAUUUAAUUCUGAAAUACUGAAUCGCGAGUCUCACUAAUGUUACAAGCGGUCGAGUUAAUAAGACAAAAAAAUGCUAAAAACACAGCAACCGCGAUGAAGUGUAAACACCUGAUUGUUACAAAGCGCUGACACUGGAGACUCCUUCCAUAAACAUUGCAUAAAUAUUCAUCAACACC